AUGGUACAUUCACAGACCUCAAAACUCAUGAGCCCUAGUCUCGUCCACGCCGACGCGUCCAACUUCGCCAACGGCGUCACCAAGGAGGAGGCCUACGAGCAGGUCCUCCUGCAGGCAGAGGGCCUCUUUGACGGUCAAAGAAACUGGGUCUGGUACGCAAACCCCCAAACAACGCAGCCUGCUCACACCUCCCUCCUCUGGCACGCCUACCACUCCCUCCCGGCCCCCUCCGCCUCGGUGAACUGGGCCGGCUUCUACGUCCUCGACCCGCUCUCCACCCCCGCCAAGCCCUCCCUCAUCCUGGGCCCCUUCAUGGGCAAGGUCGCGUGCCAGACGAUCCCCUUUGGCCGGGGCGUCUGCGGCGCCGCGGCCGCCACGCGCGAGACCCAGCUCGUGCCGGACGUCGACGCCUUCCCGGGCCACAUCGCCUGCGACGGUGACAGCAAGAGCGAGGUCGUCGUCCCCGUGGUGGCCGAGGGGGGCAAGCUCGUGGCCAUCAUCGAUGUCGAUUGUGCCGUGACGCAAGGGUUCGACGAGGUUGACCGUGUGUGGCUGGAGAAGCUCGCCGCUCUGCUGGCCAAGAGCUGCGACUGGUGA